AUGGCUAGGGUACAAAGGAAGAUGUCAGGCGGGACGGCUUUCCAAAAUGAAAAACUUUGUUCCGGCACGUUAAAGUUUGUAGCCGGAUCAAUGUACAUACCCAAAGAUGAUCCAGAGAAGCCCCAAGGCCAAGAUGAUCACUUCAUACUGCCAAAGUUGCAGGCUCUUGGGGUGGCUGAUGGGGUUGGUGGAUGGUCCAAGAAAGGCAUCGAUUCUGGAGAAUAUUCAAGAGAACUAAUGAAGAACACCGUUAAAUACAUCGAACAACAAAGUCAGGUUGGUCCGGUUGAUCCUAAAAGGGCUUUACAUCAAGCUGUCGCGAAAGCUAAAGCAAAAGGGUCAUCCACGGCUUGCAUCCUGGCCUUGCAUAAUGAUUGUUUGCACGCUGUGAAUGUUGGAGACAGUGGAUUUGUCCAUAUCAGGAAUGGACGAAUUAUUUACCGGUCGCGAAUUCAGCAGCAUGAGUUUAAUUGUCCCUACCAGCUAGGAAAGGAGAGGAAUGAUCUGGAUGUAGCUGAGGAGAUCAAAAGGGAUGUCGUUCCUGGAGACAUAAUCGUUGCAGGGACGGAUGGAUUGUUUGAUAACGUGCAUAAUGAAGAACUUGAGCAGUUGGUCAGGGAAGGAGAGAGAAAUUUCGACAGUUCAGAGAUUUUGGCUUGCAAGAUAGCAGAUUUCGCUCUUCAACAGGCUGAGAACAAUUUGGCUGUUACUCCUUUUGCAGUUGAGAGUGAAAAGGCUGGAAAAAUUGGGUGGAUUGGAGGCAAGAAUGAUGAUAUUACUGUGAUUGUAGCCCGUGUUUUUCCAGCGCAAUGGGUAUAG